UGGUUUGAUCAAGUGGCUCAUAACUGUUUCGCAUAAGAGACCUAGGGUUUCGUUGCACUCGUUUCUCUGCGUCUGCUGAACCCUAAUCUCCGUCGCUGCGCACGUUCGCCGCCGAGAGCGCGAGAGAGAAGACGAAGAGACGAGAGGGAGAGACACCUUUAGACGAAGAUGGGGAAGACUCGUGGUAUGGGAGCUGCGCGCAAGCUCAAAACACACAGGAGGAGACAGAGGUGGGCGGACAAAGCAUACAAGAAAAGCCAUCUUGGAAACGAAUGGAAGAAACCAUUUGCAGGUUCUUCCCAUGCUAAGGGAAUUGUCCUUGAGAAGAUAGGCAUUGAAGCCAAGCAGCCCAACUCUGCCAUCCGAAAGUGUGCCAGGGUUCAGCUGAUUAAGAAUGGGAAGAAGAUUGCCGCCUUUGUUCCAAAUGAUGGUUGCUUAAACUUCAUCGAGGAAAAUGAUGAAGUUUUGAUUGCUGGAUUUGGACGAAAGGGGCAUGCGGUAGGAGAUAUUCCAGGAGUAAGGUUCAAGGUCGUCAAGGUUUCUGGUGUCUCACUUCUGGCACUGUUCAAGGAAAAGAAAGAGAAGCCCCGAUCUUAAAUUUUGUUUUUUUUUUUAAUAGAAAACUAAGUAUGCAAGGAAAUUGUCUUUUUGAGCCAAAGAUGUUGUCGUUCCAUUAUUAUUAAUUUUUUUUCUAGGACGUACAUUUGCUAACUCUUAUAGGGUAAUGUGAAGAUUUCCUAUUAAUGUAGUUUAAACUGUAUGGACCAUUGCAUUUAUUUGGGUACUCAAAACUCGUCGGUCUUAA